CCUCUCUGUCUCCCAGGAGGUAGAGAAACAGUGUCGUUGUGGGAAGUACACGCGUGUCAUGCCGUGUCAUAAGGAGUACCUUUGUGAGUCUAAAUGUCCCAACACCAGAGGCUGUUCACGGCAUCAGUGCAGGAGGAAGUGCUGCCCUGGUAACUGCCCACCAUGUGACCAGAGCUGUGGACGAUCACUGGGCUGCCGGAACCACAAAUGUCCCUCCGUCUGUCACCAAGGUAGCUGCUACCCCUGUCCAGAGACGGUGGAUAUAAAGUGUGUGUGUGGAUCCACCUCUUUGACUGUUCCCUGUGGGAGGGAGAGGAGUACCAAGCCCCCACGCUGUAAAGAACUGUGCAGGUGUCCCCCGUCCUGCCACCACCCCAGCAGAGAGACCCAUCGCUGCCACCCUGGUCCCUGCCCUCCCUGUCGCCAGGCCUGUCUCCUGGCCCUGCCACGAUGCCAACACCCCUGUCCCCAACCCUGCCACGACCAGGUUAUGGUAAAGACCAGCGACAGGGUCCUAGCAGGCCCGUGGGAGCAGGCGUCAGAACCUGCGUUUGUCCGUAAAGCUCUUCCCUGCCCACCCUGCCUGGUCCCUAUACCCACGGCCUGUCUUGGAGAGCAUGAGGUAAGCUGAGAACUUUUGGUUAUUUACUUUCCACAUCCCUCCCUCUCCCCUCACCGUUUCUCU